AUGGCUCAAGAAUUAGAAGAUGAGAGACACACAUCAAAGAGUAAUCAUGUAGAUCGCUCUUACCACCAAGAUGUGUUUGGGAGUGAUGAUGAAUAUGAAGCUGAAGUAGAUCAUGAAUGUGAACUGGUAAGUGCACUAGAAGAGUUGCAAAAUGUCGAAAAGGAAUUUAAAAGGAGUAACUUCUGGAGAGUGAUAAAAAAGAAAACAACGGGAGAGAUGUCAGGGAUGCCCUAUGCAAUAGGCCUCUUUAACUGUCUUAUCUACACAUUGUAUGGCUCCCCUCUGAUCAGCAAUGAAUGGGAUAAUGCUCCUGUCAUGUUUAUCAACGCCAUUGGCUUCCUCCUCCAGUUUAGCUUCUGUACCAUCUAUCUCCUCUAUGCUCCACCUGAAUCUAAGAGAAGAAUGGGCCUGAUGGUCGGAGGAGUGUUGGUGGUGUUUGUCAGCACUGCAGCAACUUCCAUGUGGGGAGUCCAAGCAGGCCAGAAGAAAAUGCUUGUGGGAACUACUGGAAUGGUGGCCACCGUCAUUCUCUUUGGAUCUCCACUCUCAGAUAUUAGAGCUGUAAUUCGGAGCAAGAGUGUGGAGUGCAUGUCCUUCUACUUCUCAAUGUUCGCUUUCCUCGGCAGUCUUUUGUGGUUGGUUUAUGGUGCUUUGAGCAGAGAUAUUAUUAUCAUGGCUCCUAAUUUUCUUGGAAUACCACUGUCUUCGAUUCAGAUGAUAAUAUACUGCAUUUACAAGCAAAAGAGUCGAGGACGAAUUGAAGAUGUAAAAUUGAAAGUGGUGACUGUGCAGUCAGAUGGAACAGCCAUAGAAAAAUGCCCCACAAUUCCUCUUUCUGAACUUGACAUUGAAAUGCAGAAAAAUAUGAAGGAAACCAUGAGAUAA